AUGUUCAAGACCGGAAAUCGUCAAUCUUCCCUGCAUCCUAUCCUGGACACCAUUUGGAGCGGUCAUCCUGGUCUUUCCAACUGGUCAACAUCUUUCGAGCAACAGAUGCAGCCAGGGCUAUCUUCAAACAAUUUCUGGGAACAAAAGCUGGUGUCUCCUUUUAGCUCUGGCCACAAAAACUGGAAUGAACGGACGAGGUCUUUAUCUCAGAGUGGACCGUGCCAAAGCUCAGAAAACUUAGAGACCCCUUGGACGCAAACUUUCUCCUUGAAUAGCACAAAGAAGUGUCAUGAUGAAAACGAGAUGCUCCGAUUCCAUAUUUGUCUUGGGGCCCCCACUGCGAUGGUGAGCGACCAGGGCGAAAAACCCGAGACAUACCUCAACAAGGGGCAAAUAUACUAUAUACGAAUUGUUGAUACGGCUCCGCCUCCGUCUGAUAGCGAGAAAACGACAUACCGGACCUUUGUUGGUGUUUCGUUCAAAGAGCAAGAUCAGGAAAUGAGUGCAGAGGCCUACUGGCGGUUAUGGGCAGUUCGGCGUGCCGUAAGUAACCUCGAUGAAACAGACCAUGAACAUCGGGCCGUUGAGUUCGCAGAUGAGCAGAGACCUUGGGUAGAGCUUACGGAAGAGUUCACCAAUGGCUUUUCUGUGACCUGGACUAUUGAUUCAUUGACUAGUCUCAAUGAAUGUCAUAUCCCAGUGCGGUUCAAUUUUCUAUCGACCGAUUUCACUUUAGUGAAAGGUGUGAAGGGUCUUUCAGCACGACUGUGCGUGAAAACCGACCAGGUCAACACAACAGAGCUGCCGUACAAGCCGGAAGUCUGUUUUUGCAAAAUCAGGGUAUUCCGGGAUCACGGUGCUGAGCGAAAACAGUCUAACGAUGUCACUCAUGUGAAGAGAAGGAUCAAAAAAUUAACAGAAAAAGCUACGACGCUAGUACCCCACGAGGCACUAAGGAGGCGUAGGCGAGGUAAUCCUGUUGCUGGAAAGAUGAAGAAAUUAGAGGCCGCCUUUUCGUCUUUGACCGAUGAAUAUGCCUGUUCAACUGAACCGGACGAGCUAAAGGCAUAUAUAUUACCGAAUGAGCCAGAGCUACAAAAGAAGCUGGUCAAGCUCCGGAAGAUGUUGUUGUCGGGCUGCCCUGAAAGUGUGCUGAGUCUUCAGGGCGGAAGAGAUGACGAUCCUGAGACACAAACCAUACGAUUACAGUCCGGAUGCAAUUCAACGCCAAAGCAGCGUGCUACCACUUCUGAGGGUUCAUUACGGGGUGACUCGGAUGUCUACUAG